UGAGGUCGCAGUAUUUCCAGCAGUGAUAUAUUAAACAGCACCGUCCGUGGCUAAAGAAUUAGUUCGCAAUCGAAGCAGGUGUAUUUGAUUGCCGUUAACAUGGGUUUAUUGUGGCGUAGCUACAGCAUAUUCGCGGUGAUCACGUUGGUGGGUGUGUUGGCGCAGUACGAAUGGCAACCGAAGGAUGCGUUUGAUGAAAUAAAGGUGCGCUUCGAUAAGGUGAAUGCAGAUAACUGCCCCAUUUUGCCACCCCGAGACUUAACGCUACCGGAGGAUAGUGUCUCUCACCUGCCCGACAUCAAGGAUGUGAACAUCAAUCCCGUGUUCCCCAAUCGGACCGCGCUUCUGCAUCUGCAUAACAUGGCGCUGAGCCGCGCCUUCUUCUAUAGCUACAUCUUGCAGAGCCGCUUCAUUCGUCCGGCCAUUAAUGAUACCUACGAUCCUGGCAUGAUGUACUACUUUCUGUCGACUGUGGCCGAUGUAUCGUCCAAUCCAAAAGACACAACUGAGUGUGAACCAAUGGAUGGUUGGGGAUUCCGCCGUGGCGGCUACCAGUGUCGCUGUAAACCCGGGUAUCGCUUACCGGGUGUUGUGAGACGACCGUACCUGGGCGAGAUCCUGGAGCGUGCCUCCGACGAACAGUAUUACAAUGGAUUUGAUUGUUCAAAAAUUGGAUGGGUUCAGAAAAUUCCGAUACGGUGGUUCCGGUUGCCACAGUUUACUCGCGAGCAGUAUCUUGAUCGGUAUUAUGAGUACAAAAACUUCACCACCGGGCCGAGCUCGUUGCACGCAGAGAAACUUAACAUCAACGAGGUGCUAAAGUUCAUCCUUGGCGUUAAUGCGCGAUCGUGCAAAAAUUAUCAUCCCCAGGAUCUCGUGUUGACCGGCGAGUUUGCGUACGAGGCUCAGCAGCAAUUUGCAAACGAAGCGAAGAUGGCGAUACGUCUAGCGAACUUCAUAAGUGCCUUUUUACAAAUUUCUGACCCUAACGAGGUAUACUCCGGCAAACGUGUGGCCGACAAGCCGCUGACCGAGGAUCAGAUGAUGGGCGAAACCUUGGCGCUGGUGCUUGGUAACACGCGCAUUUGGUCGGCGGCGAUGUACUGGGAGCGUCGCAAGUUCCCCAACCGGACGCUGUUCGCACCGUAUGCGUAUAAGAAGGAGCUGAACACGCGCAAGUUCAACAUGGAGGAUGUGGCGCGGUUCAACAAAACGGGCGAAGAAUACAUCGACAAACCGUUCUUCCGGCUGCUGAAACAACGGUGGGCUUCCAAUUUUGAUGCGCUCGAAAAGUACUAUAUGAAGAUCCGCCUGCGACACAACGAGACGGGCGAGUACGCGCAGCGCUACGAACACUUCCCUAACUUCUAUCACGCCGCCACGAUGGACCAUGGUCACUGGACCACGCCCCAGUACGAUUGUAAAGGUCCGGUGAAGAAAUGGCUCAUAACGUACGCAGUUCCAUUCUUCGGCUGGGAUAGCCUGAAGGCUAAGCUGGAAUUCAAGGGAGUCGUUGCAGUUUCAAUGAACAUGCUACAGUUGGAUGUUAACCAGUGCCCGGAUAAUUAUUACGAGCCGAAUGCAUUCAAAAACACUCAUAAAUGCGACGUGAAGUCUUCUUAUUGCGUACCAAUCCUGGGCCGUGGCUACGAGACGGGCGGUUAUAAGUGCGAAUGUCUGCAGGGAUUCGAGUAUCCAUACGAAGAUUUGAUCACCUAUUACGACGGUCAGUUGGUGGAGGCUGAGUUUGAUAAUAUCGUGCAAGAUAAAGAGUCGCGUUAUGACACGUUCAAGUGCCGUCUGGCUGGAGCUGCUGCGCUGCAAGUAGAGCUUACGAUACUGGUCUUUGUGACGCUGUUCGGUUGGCUAAUGCUGCGCAGGAACCAGUGAUAGCAAUAGAGUGUAUUUAUGCCACGCACACGAUUUGUGCCUUCAUUCCAGACAAAUCUCUUUUAUGUAUCAAUCAUAUGAUCUUGUAGAACAUUCCGUUCACAAAUGAGUCUCUGACAUUAGACCAUAGAAACGAUACUUUUAAUACGAUACUGUUAAGUGCUAAGACGCCGUCCAAUCAAAAACCGUGUUCUUAAUUCUGCCGUCCAACAACAAGAACUUAAGUAACUUGAUAUGCAAAAUGUACUAGGAAAGAGAGGAUAGUGAAUCUGUCUAUUGUUGCGAUAGACUUUAUACAGCAAUUAACUUUUGUACGAAUGUUUCAGAUUGACUGGAAACCAUUUGAAAGAAUAAA